CUAUUGAAGCUCCCAUGCCUUCCAUCGCUUCGCUUCGCUGAUGAUCCAAGCAUGCAAGCAGAAAGCAACCGAAAUGCGUCUCCGGGAGUUGACGAAACCAGCUCCAAAUCCAACGGCCAGACAUAUCCGCAUGUCGUCGCCGCUGCCGCUAAUUCUUUCGGGGAUGGUCUGUUGAGCGACUCGGACAAGUUCUACGCGAAACUCGCCCAGUUCUUCGAGUCGACUGGGCUGAGCCUCAUCUUAAAUGCCAGGGAGACAACCUUGGACUUGUUUCAGCUGCACAAGGAAGUUGCAAGAAGAGGAGGAUUUCGCCAGAUUAACAAAAGGGGGAAAUGGGAGGAGAUUGUCUUAGCCCUUAAGUUGGAAAGCACGGCUCCCACGAUAGCUACUCAAGUUCAAAGGCUUUAUGCACAUCUUCUUUAUAACUUCGAGCAGUCCAUUUCUAGGACUAGGAGUGCUCCCAAACCGCCUGCAGUCUCAUACUCAUUCUCAGUGUUGUCUGAUGACUUUGCAGGCCUUAAUUCUUCGAACAGCAAGAGCCCUGCCCUCAAGCGGAACAAUAAGAACAGUUCUCCUGUGCUGAUUGAUAUAGAGGAUUAUCCUGAGGAGAAGAAGUUGCGCAAAGAGGCUAUCAAAUUGCCAACAGAAGAAAAACCAGCUCAGGAGAUGGCAGCGAAGCUUAAGGAGAGCAUGAAAAUCCCAAAAGCUCCGCUUGCGACACGGAGUGCAUAUCAGCUCUUCCUCAGCAAGGAAUGUGCUCGGCUAAGAACCCUUCGAGGAGAGAGUCAGGAGGGCCAAGAUACUCUGAGGGUGGCCAUUGAUGUGUGGAGACAACUUACUGAAAAAGAGAAGGAGCCAUAUAUCGAGGAAAGUAGAAAGGAUAGGGAAAGAUACGAGCAAGAAAUGGCUGCUUUCGCCAAGAAUGGGAAAAUGCAAUAUAAGUUUACGAAGAAAAAGAAAGCCAGUUUCCAGAAAACCCAAGAUGAGAAUGGCAUUCAGAAGAAGCACCUCGACAAUGUCUACAAAGUCGUCAAUCUGACUCCGUUAGAAGAUCCCCUAGUUCCGCGUGCAGAUCAAUCCAUCGUUGAUAUAGCCAUGGAGACGACAGAGAAUGCACCGACAGACCAGCUGCUCCACUUCAACUGGGACGAGUUUUGUGGUUCACUUGAUGUAGCGGAGUAGUUGAUCAAAGAAGCAGCGAUCUUUUGGUGGAGUUUGAUUUUGGACUGGGACCGAGGAUAACCUUGUUAGUUCGGCUGCAAAGUUGACACUCUCUUUUUGCCGAGGUCUAGGAGUGUCUGUUUAGUUGAUGAUGGAGAUGCAACUCUCCUGUCCACUUCUUGAGUUGCUCUGUUUCUGUCUUGUUCAUAUGAUGCAAAGGACCAUGUCAGAUAGCUCUAUACAGCUUUGGACAUAUUGAGCCAUCAGUUUCAGUUAUCAGAUGAGCAUGGGACAAUGUCAUUUUGCUUGC